CCUCGCUGCUCCUCGGCUCGCUUCCGCCUUUCCCCUACCGCAAGCCGCCGCAGGUGAGGGGAUCACGACGAGAGAGGCGGAAGAGAGAUGGCGAAGUCGUGCAAGGGGUUGGCCAUGGAGCUCGUCAAGUGCCUCAGCGAGACCGACUGCGUCAAGGUGCAGAAGAGGCCGUACAAGGAGUGCGCCGGGGAGAAAGUGCCCAACAUCACCAGCGAGUGCGCCGGCCUGCGGGAGACCUACUUCAACUGCAAGAGGGGCCAGGUUGACAUGCGAGCUCGGAUACGUGGGAACAAGGGGUAUUAAUGGUGUACCUGCAGUCUAUCCAUGCAGUUUUGGUUUCUAGCCCAGUUUGUGACCUUGAGGUGUAAUGGUGUCAUAAUGUAGUCCAUCUGCGUUCUAUUUUUGAUAGGAGAGAGGAACUCAGAGCACAUGGGUAGUUUCAAUUGAUGAAAAGUAGUUUCCUGUCAUAAUGUAGCCCGUCUGCAUUUUGUUUGUUAUAGAAGGCAGGAACUCAACUCGGAGCACACGCGUAGUUCCAAUUGAUGAGUUGAGAGGUGGUGGAUCUAGAUGCUGCUGUCUAACUUCUUGUCUUACCGGAAACUUUGUUCCAUCAUACCAUUGAUGUUCAGGUGGUGACCUGUUGCGAUCUGUCUUGUUUCUCCUGUGCAAUGAACUGAAUUUCUGGACCUUUCUAGCGAGCUGCUUCAUAUCUUAAUUCAGGGACAUGCUUGCGAGUUUCUUGAAAUAAA